GCAAUUUCUAUUGGCAACACUGUAUUUAAUCUGUAAUGUGGAGAAUGGCGGAAUAUAAAGAGUUAUAAACUUAAACAUUAAUCAAGGUUAAAAGAAGCCAUUUCCAUGUAAAUACAGGAACCAGAAUUUUUGGUUGUUUCAAAUCUCUGGGGCAUAUAACUAAUAUUUAUUUCAAAUAUGGCCCACUCAGGGGUUGUGCCUGCUGGAAAACGAAAAGAAAUUUAUAAAUAUAAUGCCCCAUGGCCCUUGUACAGCAUGAAUUGGUCUGUAAGACCUGAUAAAAGAUUUCGCUUAGCGUUGGGCAGUUUUGUUGAAGAAUAUAACAAUAAAGUGCAAAUAGUUUCUCUGGAUGAAGACAGUAGUGAGUUCAGUCCUAAAAGUACUUUUGAUCACCCGUACCCAACAACUAAAAUAAUGUGGAUACCAGACAAUAAAGGAAUGUUUCCCGACUUACUGGCCACAAGUGGCGAUUACUUGAGGAUCUGGAGAGCAGGUGAACCUGAUACAAGGCUGGAAUGUGUACUCAAUAACAACAAAAAUUCUGACUUUUGUGCACCUUUAACAAGUUUUGACUGGAAUGAAAUUGAUCCCAAUUUGGUUGGUACCUCGUCCAUAGACACAACAUGUACCAUUUGGGGAUUGGAAACAGGACAGGUAAUGGGUAGAGUAAAUCUGGUCACUGGUCAUGUUAAAACGCAGCUUAUAGCUCACGAUAAAGAAGUUUAUGAUAUAGCAUUCUCACGAGCUGGAGGAGGAAGGGACAUGUUUGCCUCAGUUGGUGCAGACGGAUCAGUCAGAAUGUUUGACUUGAGACAUUUGGAACAUUCCACAAUUAUUUAUGAAGAUCCAUCACAUACUCCUUUGCUUAGGUUGGCGUGGAAUAAACAAGAUCCAAACUAUUUGGCAACUAUAGCCAUGGAUGCGUGUGAGGUAAUCAUUCUAGAUGUGAGGGUUCCUUGCACUCCAGUAGCCAGGUUAAAUAACCACAGAGCAUGUGUAAAUGGUAUUGCUUGGGCUCCUCAUUCAAGCUGUCACAUUUGUACAGCUGGUGACGAUCACCAAGCUCUAAUAUGGGACAUCCAACAAAUGCCAAGAGCAAUAGAAGACCCAAUAUUGGCAUACACGGCUGCGGAAGGAGAAGUCAACCAGAUUCAAUGGGGUGCCACACAGCCAGAUUGGAUUGCGAUCUGUUAUAAUAAAUCUUUGGAAAUAUUGAGGGUAUAAGGAAACAUUUAUGUAAUUAACUUCAAUGUUCCCAUGUUUCUAUCGUACUAGUAUUUUGACAAGUUUUCAUCAUUUAGAAAUGUUAGUUCCUUUUCUUUGAAACUAGUUUUUUUUUGUUGUGUUGGGAAAAGAGUUUUAGGUAGAAACACAUUGCAUUCAGUUGUAAUAUAUAUGUAAGAAUAAGGUUAAUGGUUGGAAAUUGUCAAAAUAUGUUAUUUUAUCAAAAACUUGUAUUGAAUGCCAUAAUUUAAGACUAGGAUAAUAGUUAACAUUUUAUUUUCUUUUAACUGACUGAAAUGAGCCAACAUUCAAGUUUGUCGGUUCUUUCACAUAUUUUAUGUUUGAUGUUAACAAAAUAUCAGCACGUCUUCAGGAAUGAAGGUUUCAAGUUGAUUUAAAUACACUUUUUGCUUUAAUGUAAAUAUUCGCUCGAAUUGAUAGAAAUUGACGAUCACCUUACUAUCACCAUGUUUGUGAUGGAUCUUUCUGUCAAUAAUUUGAGAUCUUCAUCACCCGCUCCUUCAUAAGUUAGGCUUUGAUUUAUUUAAAAAAAUGAUUAAAAAAUCUAAGUUAGAUGACUCGCCCUUGAUUAAAAGAAAAAUUUACGUUAGGGUUAGGUUAGCUCUAAAAUGGAUGGGUCUAUUAGAUCGUCCACUGUAACCUAUAAUUGUGGCUCGGACUUGAAGAUUCUUUACUAACCUGGUUAUGCACACUGUCUUUCGACAGUCCGGGUCUGCAUAUGAUGAUUCAGACAACAGUGACCUGAAAGUAGACCUGAGAUACAAAGUAGCCUAAUGAUUGUUGAGCGUACUUUGAAGAAUCUAUGAAUGCCUUGAAAUGAACCAAUCCUGUUAUAUUUUGUCAGUAGACAGUCAAGGCCAGUGUUGCCAGGAAUUUAGACCAGAUACAAUUCAAGGCUGCUUGACUGGCCAAGAAUAUUCUUAUUAUUUAGGUAUGAAGUUGGUUUCUGGCAAUCUCACCACACAUAGAACUACAGCAUAGAUUUCUGCUUAAAAAACGGUCGCAAACGUCCUUAGAUGGGUUAAUAUCUCUUAUAUUUCCUCCUCACUAACAUUUUUGAAUUCUAGAUGCGUUUCAUCAACAUCGUUGCUUCACCAGUAGUGAUAAAGCUACCGAUUAAGCUUUGGUGUUAGCGAAACACGUCUAGAAUUGAAAAAUGUUUGUUAAAAUUGUUCAAUUAUCAUCAUGGAUAGUGUUUUUUACUUUCAUUGAGUAACGAGUUAUUCUUUUUCACAGAUUAGUUGUAAAAUGACGUUGAUUGUUUCCAAAAUCUGUUAUCUGUAUCAUAAGUGAUGAUUUUAGUUUCGGGGGAAAUCGUUUUUCAUGAAGAACAAUUUAUAUAAACGUAUGCUUUACUUGGUUCAUUUUAAAAAAAUUAGAUGUCAAAGUUACAAAUAGCUUUCUGGCCCUUUGAGUUUUUCAUAUUUUUCUUGGUUUUAAAAAAUGAAGUGGUUUCUUGUAUAUCCACGCAUCAUAACCCUUUAAAGCCCUUCGUGUCUCUUUCAUGUUUAUUUACUUCUAUAAAAAAUAAAAGCGUGGACAUUUCAGUUUUUUUUAAAUGGAGUAAGUUAUAAGUUCAUACAAACUGUUUUUGAAUGUUGCAGGUUCAGACUUCUAUUAUCAAAUUUGAAGGUUGUAGAAGAAAACAUGAAUGAAAUUAUCAAAAAUACUAAAAAUAACCAGAAUGAGUAUCAUUAUCAUUCUCAAUGAUUUUAAUAUUUCAUUAAUUUUCAUUUUAUUUGUUUUCUAUAUUGAACACCUUUUUAGACAAUAUAAUUCUGGACCUGUAACAUUAUGCAAGACAGGCUGGCCAAGUUUCUUUCCCAACAACUGCCCAGUUCAAGAAAUCGGUUAUAAACAAUGGAAUAGAAGUUAUCAAUUUUGGAUUUAAUUCACGAUAUUUGCUGACAAUUUGUCCUAUACUUUGGCAUAAUAAUGUUGAUACACUAAAAAAAAAAUAUUUGACUCUAUCUUGUCAUCAGAAAAGUAGCCAUUGACAUAAAUUUUCGCAGAAAAGAAACACUCUUUUUCAAAAAGUACUGAGAAGGAAUUUCUUACUAAUGACUUGUGUGGUAAAUGAAAAUGUCUUAGAUCUCUAUUGUUUUCUUUUGUAACAUAUUUCAAAUUUACAUAUUUUGUGAGAGAAAAAUCUUUCUUUCUAUUUAUAUAUGCGAUAAUUUCAAAAGCUUUUCUAUAAACACAAUCAACUGAUAGAGAAAUUUUUACAAUCUUCAGUCUUCAAAAUUUAUAUUAAUUCUGGCGAGUAGGUCUUAAAUUAUUGAUUUUCAACUUUAUAUGAUGAACUGGAUAUCCCAAGGAUGGAAGUACUCAAAUUAACUCUCAUCCAAUAAAAUAAUAGGGUGUUCUAAUUUUUUGUAACGAUAUAUCAAAUGUUUCUUUUAUGUACUAACUUGUCCUCUUCUAUACCUUCAAAAAUAUUUUGCAGCUUAACUUUAGUAACAUACUGUGUUGAAAAUGGUGUGAGAAAGUUUUUGGUAUACUAGGCAUGCUAUCACAGCCGAUAUGGAAGAUUUUGACAUUGAAAUUUACGAAGGUGUUGUAGAACCAGUUAUUUUUUAUAUUCUAUAAUUCAAACUGUUGUUCAACUAUAAUUAACAAUUUGAAUUAUUGAUUAUAGCUGAUUGACAUUUUAAAUGAUCUAUUAUAAAAACUACAGUAUUGAUCGUCAGCCCCUUCAUAAUUUAAAUCAGCACUUCACCAUUCGUAGUUGAGACAAAUCCUAAAACAACGUAUAGGGUGGCAACUUGAAAUAACCUAUUUUAUCUUGCAAACAGUAGUAAAUAAUCUCUUAACAUUUCGAAUAUAUCCAAAUGUUGAAUAAAAACUUUUUUUUUAUAUUUACAAAUUACUUUUUUAUGUAUCCUACUCUUCAAUCCUUACGAUACAGUUGUCUGUAGUAGUUUGUGAUAUAUUUAUAAUGUUUUCUUUUAUACCAUAUAUUUUCUAUACUUAACACUCAUCUGAAUCUAAUUUCGUUCGAAAAAAAAAUUGAUUUAUCUCAAGAAGACCAAGUUCUUUUCGAUAGAGGGCUCAGGGGCCUUCAAUAAGUGAUAAUUAUCAUAAUAUUAUGUUGUUAUGACAUUUGAAAAGAAAAACUCCAGCUGAAAUAUCUGACAUGCAUAGUUCUCCCUUUUUUGGGAGAGCUAAUAAUUUCUUGAUUUUAUAUAUUUGUUCGAGAUUGUAACCCAGUAAGAAUGUCUGGAAACGAUUUUUUUCUGUCUUGUUUGGAUUAUAUAGGAUAUGUUAUUUAUUUCUUUCAAGAAGAUAUUGGAUUAUCAACUUGAAAAAGGUUUUGUCAGUGGAAAAUGGAAGAUGUCCCUGCUAAUUUACAGUAUCUAAAAUUAGUUAAUUAUAGUUUAACAUUGAAAUUUUAUUACAACAUAUCUUGAAAGUUCGAUUUUCCAAAACCUACUUUCACUGGACCAUUUUGUGGAUUGCCUGACUUUUACAUGUUUCCAGGUUGGUGGAAACCUUUUUUAAGGUAUGGAUGUACGAGAUGCCUGAAGACGAGUGAAACAACAACCAGAAAUUUUUCUCGGUUAUUUACUGUUGGUUACUGCGACUGUCACCAAUCAACCAUCCAAGAACCUAGGAACAAGCCACCCCCAACCUGGAAACAUCAAUAUUGUUACUUCAACCCUUGACAUACACAAGACUGAUGCGCGCAUUUCCAGAAGAAAGGUAUUGGCCAGAGAAAUAAACUCUGACAAUUCUUUCAUUCUGAAUUUGUAUACUGCUAUGCAGUAAUGAACUGCCGAAAGACGUGUUGGAAGAUCAAAAUGAAGGACCACAAUCCAAGUUGAACAAGAUUUAAUAGAAUGAUUUUUUUGUCUUGAAUAAAUAAGAUCUAUUUAUUUUUUUUAACGUGGAUACUGCCGGGAUACAGUCCAUUUUUUACAAUGGUGAAAUUCCUAUUUUUAUAUUGUUUAUGUAUACUUAUAUGUACCGAAAGUGGAUUGUCACUGUGUAGUAUUAUUUUAUUUAUUUGAGGAGUUCUAAUAGUUUUUAUAAAACUGGACAUGUACAUAAUAAAAAUUUUAUAAA